GGCGAUAUUGGAAAGAAAAAAAAAACGUUUGACAGCUCAGGCAGCUAACCAGUAAGCAGAGGGAGAGCUUCCUGCAUAUAGUUUUGUUAUUUGGGUUGUUGGCCUGUUCUUGCCCUUCUGCCGAUUUCAGUCCCAUCAUGACAUCCACCAUAGACGAAAGUAAUAAAGAAAAGAUGCGCUCUGUGUCUGUGGAUCUAAACCAUGAUGCCUCUCUUCUCAUUGACAUUCCUGAUGCACUCUGUGAAAGGGACAAAGUGAAGUUUACUGUCCAUACAAAGACCACACUUAGCUCUUUCCAGAAGCCAGACUUCUCCGUUCCCAGGCAACAUGAAGAUUUCAUCUGGCUACAUGACACUCUGGUUGAGACAGAGGACUAUGCCGGCCUAAUAAUUCCUCCAGCGCCCCCAAAGCCUGACUUUGAGAGCCCAAGAGAGAAGAUGCACAAACUGGGGGAAGGUGAAGCCACUAUGACCAAGGAGGAGUACACUAAAAUGAAGCAAGAGCUGGAGGCUGAGUACCUGGCUGUGUUCAAGAAAACUGUCCAAGUGCAUGAAGUCUUCCUGCAGAGAUUGUCCUCUCACCCCAAUUUAAGCAAAGACAGAAACUUCCAGAUUUUCUUAGAGUAUGACCAGGAUCUCACUGUGAGAAGAAAGAACGCCAAGGAAAUGUUUGGAGGAUUCUUUAAAAACAUGGUGAAGUCCGCUGAUGAGGUCCUUAUCUCAGGAAUAAAGGAAGUGGAUGACUUUUUUGAGCAGGAGAAGACAUUCCUGCUUGACUACUACAGCAAGAUAAAAGAUUCCACUGCCAAAGCAGAGAAGAUGACUCGCUCACACAAAAAUAUUGCGGAUGAUUACAUUCACAUCUCUGCCACUCUGAACAGCCUCUCUGCUGAUGAUAGCACAGCAAAUAAAAAGCAUCUGGAGAAGUUGUCUGACCUGUUUGAGAAGCUCAGAAAAGUGGAGGGAAGAGUAGCGUCUGACCAGGAGCUGAAACUCACAGAGUUGCUAAGAUAUUACAUGAGAGACAUUCAGGCUGCCAAGGACCUUCUGUACAGGCGAGCCCGGGCUUUAGUUGACUACGAGAACUCUAACAAGGCUUUGGAUAAAGCUCGUCUGAAGAGCAAGGACGUUCCCCAGGCAGAGGAGCACCAGCAGCAGUGCCUGCAGAAAUUUGACAAGCUCUCAGAGUCUGGGAAGAAAGAACUCACCAGUUUCAAGGGAAGGCGUGUUGUGGCCUUCAGGAAGAACCUCAUAGAGAUGGCUGAGCUGGAGAUAAAACAUGCCAAGAACAAUGUGUCUCUAUUGCAGGGAUGUAUUGACCUGCUCAAGAGCAUCUGACAAGUAUUCAAGUCUUUCUGUUUUACAAUCACCAAGUGACCCGUCACACGAAAAAUGGAAACCUGGCUUCCCUGGGACCUUGCAUGAACAUGAAUCCAAGCCCUAUCUCUGCUCCCAUGGGUCUGCUGCCACUUUGAAACCCUGCACGAGACCAAGUGUCUUGUAAGCAGAAUGUCUUCAUGUUUACAGAGUCCCCGUCCUCUGGUCCGUGGUCCAUCCUUUUCCAUUAUUUAUGGAAGUCUAACCCGAUGUGAAUGCCUCCAGAGAAUUAGGCUGCCAACAUUCAGGUCUUCCAUUCUUUGCAGCACCAAUAGAGGUGAUUAUCUUUUAUUUUCCUAAUUUCUUGAUUUUUCAAUUUUUACAUUAUGCACAUAUUACAAAUCUUGCCUUUAUGAUCAUAUUUUUGCCUCCAUACAUUCUGACUCUAAGCUCUUCUCUCAUCUACACUUUAAAUACUUUUAAUGUUUUUUUUUUUCUUCUUCUUCUCAUAACCUAAUCUUUAUGAUUCAAAUACUUAUUCAGUUGGGGCUUUUUUGUUUGCUAAUGGAACAGUUUUACAGAAGCAAAACUAGUGCCUGAAAAAAAAACAUCCUCAUGCUCUUCAUUCCUGGCAUUAGAGUUCUACCAAACCAACCUUUAGUAAGGUAAACUUAUGACUGACUUAUAAGACAAGACAGAUCAUCUGCUAGUGUUCUGAAAUAGCUGCACUUCACCUCAGAUGUUGACCGUUGGAUCGGUCCCCACAUUUUUCUUUGUAAGAAGUAACCUCAGAUCCCACAGUUAUCAAAGAUGCACAUCAGUUACGCAAGAUUUAAUGAAGAGAUUGGUGAGGAGAAUAAGUCAAACCGUAAGCUAUUUGAGCAUCUAGCAUUUUGUCUGCAUUUUGCUUUUAUUUGCAAUAUCCCUGCACUACAUGUAUCAUGUUCUCAACAGCUUCUUCCCCCUAACCAACUCUGCCUAUUGACUUUUCAGUGUGUAAAUGUUGUUGUGUUUCCUUAUUUAGCCCUAAAUUCCUCUUUGCAAUUGAUGGUGUGUGUAUCAGACCUGAUAUAUUUACCAGAUCCUCUAAACAUUUUUGUUUAUUUAAAGUAGUUAUAAAAAAGAUGCACUAUUAAGAAUAUGGAAAAUAAUUUACAAUCAUGACCAGGCUCAGUGGAGUGUUAAAAAUGCAUUAUAGUUUUUUAAGAAAUUGAAUGUAUUUCUGAUGGAUUCCACCUGUGUGAAUUCCUUUACAUUAUGCUUUUCUUACAGAACAUUAGCAUUUUUAUAAAUUUGUAAUAAUGGCAUUGAAUAAAUCCUACUUUCCCAUGA